AUGGCCGCCAAGGAUCUCGUCGAGGAAACCAUUGCAGGCAACAAGAUUGCUAUCUUCUCCAAGUCUUACUGUCCAUACUGCAAGCGCGCCAAGGCUCUACUCACAUCCAAGUUUGCGAACGUUGAAACCAAGAUCUACGAACUCGACGAGAUGGGCGAGGGUAAUGCUAUCCAGGGAUACCUCUCAGAGAAAACUGGCCAGCACACUGUCCCGAACAUUUUCAUCAACCAGAAGCACGUUGGUGGGUGCGACGACGUCAUGGCCCUCGACUCUCAGGGCAAGCUUGCUGCUCUUGUCGCGGCGUGA